AUGAAAGCCUCAACAGGUCUGAACCCAAAAGCCAACAAUCCUGCAGCUCAGAAGCAGGUGGUCAUUGAGCCUCUUUGCGGCUGGCUCCUGACCCUGGGUCACAUCUUCUUCGAGGAGCAUCUCAAAGAGCCAGUUCUCGAGGUCCAAUGGGCUCUAGGGUGGAUGCUGGUCGAAGCUUUCAAACAGCGUCGCCAUGAAGAAAAGCCGCAGCCGAGCGCCGCGCCAGAGCCGCCGGUAUCUCGGAAGCGGGGCCUCUCGUGGGUCUCCAGGCCUGCUGAAACAAAAUCCCCGGCAGAGGCUCUGCCAGAAGUCGAAAGUGUACACAAUGAUGAGGAGGCGAUUGCCAUGGCCUCACGCUUGACGCAGUUUUUCGCACUUCUGCCGAAAAUCCCCGGCAAGCACGGAGCCCCGAUGCUCUCCCUGGCCUUGGAGUCGGUGGCCGAGAGUGGCUUGUGGCGCCGGGGCGUCCUUCUUCCGAGCAACGAGGAUGGCCAGACGCGCUGGCUCAGGAACUUUUCUUGGCCAGAGCUCUUCGCCUUCGUCCAUGAGCGGCUUCCAAUCGAAAUGCGCUUCCGACUCUGGAGGUGCUCCCUGCAGAUUUGCGUCUCCAGCCCUGCCCUGGCACCGCUAGCGGAGAUCCCGUUUGCCUUGGCUUCGGCGGCAGCAGAAGCUCCUCCAGGGGCUCCCGAGCUGCUGGCCGAAGCUCUGGAAUUGGGCGUUAGUGCCGUCCUCAGUUCCGCAACGGACGCACAGAAAGCAUGCUCCGUCGAAAACCUCGACCAGAAACUCAUGCCCUCCGAGUACAUACCCGGCCAAGUUCAGAGCAUCGAGCCCAAUGCUAAGAAGCUGCCGCCCGCCAUCGGCAUCCCCUCCGACCUGGCCACGCCGCGGCUAUUGCUCGCCCCAGCCGAGACCUCAGUGUCCAGGGAGGCCGAUGCUUUGGCUGUGGAAGCUCAGCGGCGGCAGGAGCUCGCAGCUUUGGGUGUGGACAUCGAGGAGUGUUGCCUUCAUGCCGCGUCUUUCCUGGCAUCGGCGGACGUCCUCCUCUUCUGCAAUGGAGCUGGAUGGUCCGCUGACAGUGGCCUCGCGGUGUAUCGUGAUGUUGCGAAGGUCCCGGCUUACAGGAACCGCGAUUUGACGUAUUACGAUAUCUGCAGGAUGAACUGGCUCCACGACGAACCAGAGCUCUUCUGGGGCUUUUGGGGGCAGUGUUUCAACGACUAUCGCCGCACAGCGCCGCACAUCGGCUACCAGAUCGUUCGGCAUUGGACGGAUUGCCUCUUUCGCGAGACGGACGUUGCAAGAAGUAUCCGUGAAGGCAUCCACGACCGAGAGAUUAGUGCCAUUGAAGAAAACGGUGCAGAUGACAGCCCCUAUCCCUACGAAGUCCAGGGGCAAGCUGAUGCGUUCAUGAUAUACACGUCGAACGUGGAUGCUCACCACUACGACUGGUUUCGAGCCGCCGAGAUCCGGGAGGUUCAUGGGAAUACCGAGCUGUACCAGUGCGCUGGCGAAGAGCGAGAGCCCGGACGUGCACGAUCGAAGAGAGAGCCCUGUAAAGGCGUCUGGAGAGCCCCCAAGACGUAUCAUUUCGUUGUCGAUUGUGAGACAAUGCUGGCCCCCAAGGCUCCAGAAGACCUGGGUGAUUCGGAUCGCGUGGUGACGAACCACUGGGCCUCCGACGAAGGAGAUGGUGCCGCCCAGCCGCGCAUUGGCCGCGUUCGCGGUACCGAGCGGCAGUACACGCUGCGCUACAUGCACGAGGUCUCGACAGACGUCUCCGAUGCUGCAAGAGGGUUCGCGACGAACCACCCAGUGUGCCAGAAAUGUGGCGGUCCAGCCAGACCUUCGAUCUUGAUGUUUGGUGACCACAAUUUUCAAGAUCUCGGCGCCCAGCAGGAUCGGUACGAUCGCUGGGAGGCGGCGGUGAGAUCGUUGAUCAAAAGCCGUGCGUAUACUGCCGACCCGCUUCGUGUCGUCAUCCUCGAGGUGGGUGCCGGAGACAAUGUGCGCACCAUACGAGAAGCUUCCGAACACUACCUUCUGGAGUGGCUCAAAGAGGGAGCCGAUGCCAAGCUGCUGCGGGUGAAUCCGGACUUUCCGCUACCAGACCACAGUAACCUGGAAGAUGAUGGCGGGCUCGCAGGGCAUGUGAUUUCCAUGAUGGGACGUGGUCUGCAAUGCGUACAGAUGAUGGACCACUUCAUCGGGCCUGCCAGCUUUGGGCGUCCGCCGGUACCGGACUCACUUCCACCGCCGCCGCCGCCAUCCAGCGCACCACCGUCAAGGCCGAGUGGGCCGCCAUCGGAUGCCCCACCUCCAGCUCCCAGCAGCUGA